AUGAUAUUCUAUACUUUGAUUUAUCAAGAUAGUCCUUAUGAUACACCUACUAUAGAACAAUUAAAAAUGGCACUUGAAUCAAAGGAUGAUGAAAUAAAAAUAGAUGCAAUGAAAACAAUUCUUAUUAUUAUGUGUAACGGCAAUGAUAUGCCACAACUUCUUAUGCAUGUUAUUCGGUUUGUUAUUCCAUCACGUAAUAAAACUUUAAAGAAAUUGUUAUAUUAUUAUUGGGAAAUUUGUUUAAAACAUAAUCCAGGUGAAAAAAUGAAGCAAGAAAUGAUUCUUGCAUGUAAUGCUAUUCGUGGAGAUCUUCAACAUCCAAAUGAAUAUAUUCGUGGUACUACAUUACGAUUUGUUUCUAAACUUAAAGAACCUGAAAUUCUUGAGCCUUUACUUCCUGCUACCAGAUCUUGUCUGGAGCAUAGGCAUUCGUAUGUCAGAAAAAAUGCUGUUAUGGCUGUUUUUUCUAUUUACAACAACUUUCCGGAUCUUAUUCCAGAUGCUCCGGAUCUUAUUCUCAGUUUUCUCGCUAUUGAAACUGAUCAGAUAUGUAAACGUAAUGCUUUUAUUAGUUUAUCUGGAAUGGAUCAUAAAAUGGCAGCAAAAUAUCUUUCACAACAAUUAAAUACUGUAACUUCUAUGGACGAAUUAAUGCAGCUUGCUAUUAUCGAGUUUAUUAGAAAAGAUUCAUCAAUAAAUCCUAGUAACAAAAUACAACAUCUUCCUCUUAUAUAUGAUCUUCUUGAAUCUGGAACAAAUACUAUUGUGUUCGAAGCUGCUACAACUUUGACUUUUCUUAGUGCUAAUUCUGAUACCAUUAUAAUUGCUGCUCGAAAAUUUAUUGAUCUCAUAAUGAAAGAAGCUGAUAAUAAUGCAAAACUUAUAAUGUUGGAUAAGAUUGAGAAUCUCAGAAAAAAAAACAAUAAUAUUUUAGAUGAUCUUAUAAUGGAAGUUCUUUCUAUUCUAUCAAGUUCUGAUAUUAGCGUCCGAAAAAAAGCUUUAGAUACAUCUAUAGAAAUGUUAUCUAGUAGAAAUGUUGAAGAUGUAGUAUUAUUAUUGAAGAAGGAAUUAGUUAAAACCAUUAAACAAGAUCAUGAAGAAAGUGAAUAUUUACAAUUAUUAACACAUUCUUUACAUCUUUGUGCAACUAAAUAUCCCAAGACUUUAGGGAUCGUUAUAGAUAUUUUAAUGGAAUUUAUUAGUAAUUUUAACACCAUCUCUGCAAUAGAUGUAAUAUUAUUUGCUAAAAAAGUAGCUGAAAAGUUCAUUGUUUUUCGUAAAUCAAUUAUAAAAAAGCUAUUAUUAAAAUUAGGGGAAAUAAAAUCAGGAAGAAUAUCUCGUGGUAUUUUGUGGAUUAUUGGAGAAUAUUGUAUAGAUGAAGAAGAUAUCCAAAAUGUUUGGGAACAUAUUCGGAAUAAUAUUGGAGAAAUGCCUAUUCUUACAAUUGAACAAAAACUUGCUGAAAAAAUUCAAGAUGAUAUCAAUAAGGGUAUCCAUGAUAGUAGCGAAUCAAAUCUUUUAUCUAGCUCACGAAAAAUUUUACCAGAUGGUACCUAUGCAACAGAGUCGGCUCUAAUAUCUGAAACACAAAUGAUUGAUAAUCUCGAAUCGGAAAAAGUUUCCGAAAAACCUUUAUUAAGAUCUUUAAUAUUAGAUGGAGAUUAUUAUCUUGGAUCUGUUUUAUCAUCAACUCUUGUUAAACUUAUUAUGCGUUAUUCAGAAAUCUCAAAGAAUACAUCUAAACUUAAUUUUAUGUGUGCAGAAGGUAUGCUUAUAAUGACUGGAAUCAUUAGAGUAGGUCAAUCGAAGUAUGUUAAAAUGCAUAUUGAUGAAGAUUCUAUCGAUCGUAUUUUGAUUUGUUUAAGAAGUCUAAUUGAAUACCAAAAUAAUCCUUCUAUAAAAGAUAUUUUUCUUAAAGAUACAAAAAAUGCUUUUAUUAACAUGCUAUCAAUUGAGGAAAAUAAAGAAAAAACUUCUAAUUCAUUAAAGAAAAAAGAUAUAUUGCAGCCUGAUGAUGCCAUCAUUCCUAGUCUUUUAGCUAGUAAAUCAAAUAUAGAAGAAAUGGAUCUAGUUCAGCUAGAAAUAUCUAAAGCUAUAAAUGGUGAAGCAAAUUCUGAUUUUUUUUCACUAAAUUUUAAAAAAAUUGUUCAGCUUACUGGAUUUUCUGAUCCUAUAUAUGUAGAAGCAUAUAUAAAAGUUCAUCAAUUUGAUAUUAUAUUAGAUAUUCUUUUAGUAAACCAAUUAUCUGUGACUUUACAAAACCUUUCUAUAGAAUUUGCAACAUUAGGCAAUCUAAAAAUCGUCGAACGUCCACCUAUGUAUAAUCUUGCUCCAUACGAUUUUUUAAAAGUUCAAGUAGUCAUAAAAGUUUUAUCUACUGAUACAGGUAUUAUAUUUGGGAAUUGUGCAUAUGAAGGUGUAGGAUCUCAAGAUUCUAAUAUUAUUAUAUUCAACGAUGUUCACGUUGAUGUUGUAGAUUAUAUUCGACCAUCAUACUGCUCAGAAAAUCAAUUUAGAAGUAUGUGGACUGAAUUUGAAUGGGAAAAUAAAGUAAACGUGUCAUCUUUAACUAAUCAAAAUUUAAAAGAAUUUUUAAAUGAGCUCAUGACUAGAACAAAUAUGGCAUGUCUUUCUUCAGAAACAUUAAAAGAAGAUUGUGGUUUUCUUAGUGCAAAUUUAUAUGCUAAGAGUAUUUUUGGCGAAGAUGCUUUAAUGAAUGUUAGUAUUCAGAAGCAAAGUAAUAAUUGCAUUAUAGGGCAUAUUAGAAUACGAUCAAAGACACAAGGGAUUGCUCUAUCUAUUGGUGAACUUAUUAAUAAAAAAUGA